GAGGGAGAAGGGGCGGAAGGCUUUGCAUAGGUCCUGGAGGCGGUACUGUGUCGGUGUGUGGACCUUGUCUUCUCCCUCGCGCAGAGGACUCCGUGGUUUCGUCGCCCCUCUCAAUUCCUUUACGUUGUUGGUUGGGAGCGUCAUCUUGGAGAAGGGGCACCCGCACAUCUCGGCGGGAAAGAUUAAAGGUUAGAUUGUAAGAAAAGGAAAUAGAAGCCAUGUUUCGAAGACCUGUAGUGCAGGUCUUGAGUUUUGUGUGCCCCCAAUGAGGCAGACUGUUGUCCCAUGAAACUUAGGAGCUCUGGCUCAUGUGAGCACUCAGAUGAGCACCUUUCUGGAAUCAUGACACAGGUCCUUCAUCAGUUUGUGAGACAUGAGUCUGAAAUAGCUGGCAGUUUGGUUCUCGAAAGAUCUCUGAAUCGUGUGCAGUUACUUGGUCGAGUAGGUCAGGACCCUGUCAUGAGACAGGUAGAAGGAAAAAACCCAGUCACAAUAUUUUCUCUAGCAACAAAUGAGAUGUGGCGAUCAGGGGAAAAUGAAACACACCAAAUAGGUGAUGUCAGUCAAAAGACAACGUGGCACAGAAUUUCAGUAUUUCGACCAGGCCUGAGAGAUGUGGCAUAUCAGUAUGUGAAAAAGGGGUCUCGAAUUUAUGUGGAAGGGAAAGUAGACUAUGGUGAAUAUAUGGAUAAAAAUAAUGUGAGACGACAAGCAACAACAAUUAUAGCUGAUAACAUCAUAUUUCUGAGUGACCAGACGAAAGAGAAGGCAUAGAAUGGACGAUUCUUCUUUGGCCAUUGUUUGGUACAGUCUCGUUUCCAAAUCUUGAUAGUCUUUAUAGUUUCUGAAGACAAGAAUUAAAAUACUCUAUGUAAAAUGAGUGAUAAUAUUUUUCCUGACUGCUGUUCUCCUUCCCCUUUUCGUGUCAUGAACCUUGGUAGCUCCUGUAUGUUAUGGUAUUCACUAGUUUCUUAUUCUUUAAGAGACAGUUUCUAUGUAUAAGUAUACAAGAUAGUGAACUGUUAGGGUCAUCCGUGUUAUGGCAGAGGGAUAACUGUCCUUUCGGAAGCCCCCCCCUUUUUGUGCGCACUUCUAUUAUAGUAUUGGUUUAGCUACUCAGUGUUUAUUGAGCAUUGCUGUACAUCAUACAUGUAUCCCAUGGUUGUAAAUACUGAUUUCCUUAUCUGUUUGGUUUAUAGACUAGAAGGCAAGAACUGUAUCUUCUUUAUGUACCUGCGUCUUAACCAUUGCUUGGCACAGAAUAGGCAAUAAAUGUUGACACAUGAAUGAUCCCAACGGGAUAUUAAGCUUUAGCCUAAAUUGUAGGGGCUUGCUGAACAGUGGUUAAUAUCUAAUCUAAAUAGCUUCAAGAUGAACCUACAUUAUUCACGUCUUCUGUUUUUGGACAAUUUCACUAGUAGCAUUUGUGAAACAGAGUUUACUAGCAGUAAAGACCUAAAGUAUAACUAGGGAUGAAGUAGUCCAUCUCCAGGUGAUGACAUAGGCUCUGGUUUCACUAUUUUCUAUCUUUCUAAACCCCAUUCUCUGUCCUUUUAGUCUCAUACAGACUCUCAGGGGAGUCCUUGCCUCUCUAGGUUAGCGCCCCAGGUAUAACAUUUUCCUCUUAUUUUUCUACAUGGUCUCUUGUUGUACAUACUGUGUACAAUUGUGUAUGCACAGUUACCUUUAUUAUAAGAUUCUGACAGAAUACUAGUAAUUUACUAGUAAAGAUUACAUAAAACAAACUCAGUUUUUUAAUGCAUCUUUUACUUCUACAUGUCCUCUCCCCUCUGCCUGAGAGAGUGUGGUGCUAACUGUAGCUUAGACUCUGCUGGACUUUAACAGGUUCAGAAUUCACAUGCUAUUUUAUGGACACUUGACUUUUUGUUUUAAGGUAUUUUCUGCACACAUCAGCAGCAUUUUGUACUCACAGCUUGUUUAAGGAAAAAUGGAGUUCCUUAGCUUUAUCCUUUCUUUCGCCCAGGAACAGUAGAAAAUUAAUUACUGUUUCCUCAUAUCAGCUAUCUUUAUUUAUUUUUAAAUUUUAAUUUUUUUUUUUCAA